UGGGCCAGCAGCACUGCAGCAGGGCAGCAGAUAGUGAGUGCACCGAUAGGAUGAAGCUCCUGUGUGCUGUCCUGUGGACCGCAGUCGUCGCAGGAACCCCAGACUUUGCUUCGUGUUUUGUGGCUGGGCCACGCCUCGCACCGCGAGUGUCGGUCGCAGUCAAUGCCUUGCUCAAGUGCAGAGCGGAGAACUCCGCUUUCAGUACCACCUCUAGCAGGAGGAUGCGGCGGCGAAGAGUGUUGACAGCUACAGCACAAGGGCCAGGCAUGGAUAUCGACGCGGAAGGGUCCGGGAAGGAGAUUAGAGUGGACAUCAAGGGGGGAAUCCAGGGUAUCCCGAAGGAAUCAUGGGACGGGCUUUUGCGACCAGACGAGUCACCAUUCUUGGAGCACGAUUGGCUGUACGCAAUGGAGAAGAGCAAGUGCGCCACCGUAGACACAGGAUGGCAACCGCAGCACUUGGCGGUCACAGCAUCGGAGGGGUCCUCCGCCCUGAUAGCAGCCGUCCCAUUGUACGUCAAAUACCACUCGAUGGGAGAGUUUAUCUUCGACCAGAGCUGGGCGGAUGCAUCCCAGCGGGCGGGCUUGCCGUACUAUCCGAAGCUUUUGGUCGGGGUGCCCUUCACACCCGCCUCCGGUGCCAGGGUCUUGAUCGACCCUUCUUUGAAUGAGAAGACCCGGAAGGUGGUCCGAAAAACGAUCGCCAUGUUCUUAAGAAAGCUGGCGCACGACAACAACAUCAGCUCUGUGCAUGUCAAUUUCUGCACGGAGGAAGAGGUAGAGGCAUUCACAAGCUCCGGGUUCUCGCAUCGGAAAGGUCUUCAGUAUCACUGGAGAAAUCAGGACCGAAAGUCCGAUGACAAUGCCAACAAUGGCGACAACAACCGUGGUGUGGCCGGAAAAAUGACGGCCGCGGAAUCCACCGUAGUCCUGGGCCCGUCAUCUGCAACCCAGUCUGAGAUAGCUCAGCAGACUGUGACUGCGGCACAAGAAGGGGACAACGGCACAAGUCCGAAGAAAUACGCCGAUUUUGACAGCUAUCUUGGGAAUUUCGCAUCCAAGCGGAGAAUAAAGAUUCGACGAGAGCGACGGAGCGUCUACGAAGAUGCGGGAGUCAGCGUAACCGCUUACCGGGGGGAUGACAUCACUGACAACAUGAUGGAAACGGCCUUCUUCAUCUAUAAGUCGACCAUCGACAAGAUGAUGUACGGGCGGCUGUACCUGAACAUCGGCUUGUUCAAGGAGCUAGCGCAGUCCUUCAAGAGGAACAUCGUUCUUAUCCUUGCUGAAAAGAACGGGAAGGUUGUAGCUGGGACAUUCAACGUCGUUAAGGCCGGUCGGUUCUACGGGCGCUACUGGGGAGCUUUCGAGACAGUCAAGAACCUGCACUUCGAGGCUUGCUACUACAAGGCGAUCGAGUUCUGCAUCGAGAACGGACUCGAUGUUAUGGAGCCGGGAGCAGGCGGUGGCGAUUUCAAGUUCCUGAGAGGCUUCGACCCGGCCAUCGUGAACAGCUGCCACUACUGCACACAUCCAGGCCUGCGGGGAGCGGUGGACAGCUUUUUAGACGAAGAGCGCGCCUCGAUCGACGAGUAUGACCAAUACCUCACCGAAAGAAGUGCGCUCGCGGAUAGGACGAAAAUCGCAAAUGCCAGCACGAGCGCAAAUGCUGAGAAAGCCGGAGCCCGAAAUCGGGGUGAUUGCGAUUAACUCUGUUUCUGCUGUCUGAGAUGCUGACGUAAAGUUGUGUCGUCGGCCAAUUUUGAAUUCUUUGUUCACAGGACACGCAAGGUGUGUGGUGCUCUAUUUUGUAGGUGUGCUUCGUCUGAC